AGUGGUAAUGGCGGCGGCGCUGAGGAGGUUACGCGGAACAGAAGCGGAACGAGUUCGGCCUGAGCCGGAGCCUCCCCCACCACCGUGGGGCACGGCACCAUUUAGGUGUGCCCAGCACCGCGGCAGCGCGCAGAUAGCGGCUCAGGGCGGCUCCCAGGAACAGCCUCCUUAUCCCAGGUAUGCCCCCCACUACUGGAAUUCAUCUCCAAGAGCUACCUAUUCAAAUCCAUAUCCUGUUGGACCAGAGCUUCAAGGCCAGGGAAUUGAUUCUUCCUACACAAAUGGUGUCUAUGGAUCUUCGUAUCCAGCUCCUGGGACAGGGCCGCAAUAUCCCAGUCUCCCACAGUCAAAUACAUACUACUCUUCGGAGCAUCCUCCUGCCACUUACUCCACAGAGUCUUCUAGCAUAUAUAGAACUCCAUCAUCAACAUCGAACUGGAAUUACCCUCCUCCAGAUUGUCCAGCUGAAGGUUCCAUGGUGAGGAGGCAGGUAGCAGGAUACUCCCCUCCACAGGCCCCAAGCUUUCCACUCCCAUCCUAUUCAUAUGGCGACUGCAAUCAUAGCAUUCCACAGCAGAGGCCACCCCCUCCUCAGCCAGGACUUCAAGAUGCAACUUGGCAAACACCUGGAGUUUACGGAAUGCAGCCUCCCUCCUAUGGUUGGACUCCUGCCCCAGCAGGGCAUGGGAAUCAGUAUAUUACAGAAUCUUGGUCUGGCAGUGGUGUGUCUGCUCCACAUCCUCCAAAUAACAAUCCAAAGGACUCUUAUAGCCAAAUGGAUCAAGGAAUUAACCAACACGGUUAUCUUCCUGAAGCCAGUCAUUUGCCUUCUGGGACCAUGAAUGACUACAAGCCAGCCCAGCUUGAGACUAAGCCAUCUGCUUCCAACCCCAAAGUGCAGUAUAGCGCACAGCCCCAGCUGUAUGAUAAUGUACAUAGGAAACCAUCUGUGAUUGAUGGUGGAUCAGCUUCUAAAAUAAACGUACAGCCUUCAACUAAUGUGCAGUCUGGAAUACAGAAGAUUGCACAAGUUAUGGAGGGAAUUGAACCGUUGGAAGAAGAGGUAGAUGAAUUUGUAGGUAAAAAGACAGACAAGGACUACUGGUUGCUGGAAGAAAUGCUGACCAAGAAGUUGUUGGAAUUGGACUCUGUAGAGACAGGUGGCCAGGACAGUGUGCGCCAGGCAAGGAAAGAGGCAGUUCAUAGAAUCCAAGCUACACUGGAAGAACUGGAAAGAAAGGGGCUCUAAUGUGAAUGGCAGCCUUAAAAUCCAGUCCUGAAAUUAUUAUAGGUCUCUGGCUUUUCUCUUGACCUCCAAAGCAAUAAGUGGGGAUGUGCAUUUUGACUUUAGAAUAACAAACAUGGUAAGUUUGAUGUGAUUUAACAGAGGUGUCAGAUCUAGAGUCUAGUUUAGUAUGGUGUUUCUCCCAAUCAAUGAAUAGGAAGGAAUGAAAUGCUUGCCCUGGUUAUUUUAAGGGUUUUGCUGCAUGGUUUUACUGGCCACGAGAGAAAUAAUUGGGCAAAAGGAUAUUUUGGUAUUGGGAUUUACAUCUGAAAAGUGAUCUCUUGGAGCGUCAAGGACUUCAGUGAGUUACUUGUCAUAUUUGCAAGGUAAAAAAAAAAAUCUAAGUUGCAAUGCAGCACCCGUAAAGCCAAGACUUCAGACUCUUUAGCUACUCUUUCUGUGCAUUAUUUACAGAUUCUUCCAUUGUCAGAUAAAUUUUGUAAUAUCUUUUGGGAUAUAAUACGUUCAAGUGCAACCAUGCUGAUAAGCCAUAUAUCAGUAGGGCAACCAAGACCCAUAUAUUUUUCCUGUUAUUUCUCCCCCAUCCCUUAUCAUGCAGGUAUAAUCCACAAUCCUUUAAAAAAAAAAGAUGGGAUAAGAAGAAGGAACCUAGAAGAUGCUUGAACUGCUGCCACUUCCAACUAAUGAACUGAUUAUAAGGAUUUGGGGCCAGGAGUAUUUGGUGAUAAAUGCUUAGUUGUGAUAUACACUGUAUAUGUUACAGUUGCCCAUAUUCCAGUUUAAUCUGUUAUAGCUGAUUCUGAAGAAUCAGCUCCCAUAUCUGUGGAAGUCAAGUAAGGCUACUACCAUGAAUCUUCAGCUCCUCACAGUGUGGCCGUGGUUCAGAAAGGCAAGAAAUAUAUCUUUAAGCUUUUAAAACAUGCAUUUAUUGCAAGAGUUCGUAAAGAAGACCACUGUGUCAGAUAACUAAAAUAAAAUAGACGCUAGAAGUGUCUGAGUGACAACUCCAUACAAUAUGUAAAAGACUUAUAAACCACUUUGGGAGUCUUUCUGGUUGAAAAGCAGGGUGUAGCUGCUUUAAAUAAAAGAAGAUUGUAUAUAAUGAUACAGAAAACACAUCUUAAAUACGGUACUGUAGUUCCUGAGUUCUUGUGCCCUAGUGCUCUGAAUAUCAGUAGCAAGAAAAAUAUAUGACUUGGCUGUAACAUUAGCUGUUGACUUUCCUUGUAUAAAUUUCAAAAGCCUAGUUUAUGCUGUUUGUCACCAUAUACAGUAUGUCCAGUGAACUCACAAGCUCCCAAACAUUCUGUUUAUAUUAGCCGGUUGUUUAUUUUUUUAAAUGUUGCAUGUUCUUUUUCUGCUGUAAAUCUGAACAGUUUAUGAACUAUAAAAUCAGGAUGGGAAUAUGCUAUAAAGAUAAUAGCCUGCUGGUCUUUGACCAUAAUAAAGGUUUGUUUGUUUGUUUGAAGAUAAUACAACUCAGCAAUGAAUAAAACUCCAAGAACAGAUCAGCCAAAUUAAA